UUUCGCGAUAAUUCCGCGCGGGCAGCUGUUGCCUCAACUGCAACCCCUCCAUUCUCAAAAUAUCUCCAAUUUCUCACCACAUUUUGAAUUCAUAAUCUAAACCUCAAGAAACUUGAAGGGUUCAGAUAUCUCUCAAUCAUCAUCAAGAAAACACCAGCCUUCACCACCCUAAAACUCAUUACGGUCGCAAAAGCUACAUUCAACCCCUCUAUCCCAAGCUCUACAAACAAUCCUUAAAUUUACUCCAAUCUGACCAUGUCCGCCGACGCGCUUCCAAUCUCCCCUGGCGCCUUCGCAGAAGCUCUCAAAGACCUCCCAAUGUCCACCCUGCACCUCAAAGCCGCCGAGCUGCGCAAUUCCAUCGCACAUCUCGAUUAUUCUAAUGAGCAACUCAAGCCGUUUGCGGAAGGGAGAGCUCCUGAAUGUGUGGAUGGGAAAGUGGAUGAAGACUGGUAUGCUACUUUAUCUCAGACUGCUUCAACGAGUUAUGGAUAGGCGGAGAAGGCAAUCUUAGGAAUAGCUGUUGACUUGGUUCUGAUAGUGUCGAUGCGAUUCGCGAAAACGAGGCCGUAAUAACCCGCAUGGAGACUCGUAUAUCUCUUUUACGCACUGAAAUCGAGAGUAGAGGCGGAGUCUGGGGUGAAUAUGAAGCCGGCGCCGGAUCCAUACCAGAAGCCGAUGUAGCAACCCCUGCGCCUGCAACAAACGGAACAGCUCCUGCUGGUGAAGAAAGUAGGAGUAAUCCCUGGGCCGAUGGAACAUUUACUACUGGAAGGAUUGUAGGUGGUGAGGUUGUAAUGGAUCCUACACCAGCAGCUGCAACGGCACCAACCAAUGGCGAGUCAAGAUCGAAUGGAGUCUCGAGCACAAAUGGAACCACAACCACAACUACAAACACGGGAGGUACAUUAGACGACGAGACAUUACGUCGAGCGAUGGAAUUACGUAUGCGAGAAGAUGCUGGUGCGGAUGAUGAUGAUGAUGAGGGUGUGCAUCUAUAAGAUAUAACAAUCAUCAUUGAACGGACAUUGCACCUUUGAUAACCUUGGGAGCAUGGCUGUUCGACAAAAGUUUCGAUGCCGUCGACCACAAGAGGAGAUGUGUUGAGCAUUUCAUCGUCAAUGUCAACUCCUCGUUCAAACCAUCACCGUUUAUUCGUAUUUUGCAAGAUCAAAUUUUUGGCCCCAGGAAACGAGUUAACCAACCAUUGCACACAAACAAAUCACAACAGAAGAAAGUAUCGCUGGGGAAUUAUCCUGAACCGACUGCAUAACGUGAUACAUUUCAUUUUCAUAGUAUCCACAAACAACUAAAGAAUCACAAUCAUGGUGAUAGCAGUUGAUAGCCCCAAAACUGCUCCACUCUACCCAACUUUCACCUCACCGGUUACUACUCCAUCUCGCCACAUAGGUAUAGCCAAGAACCUCGAUAGGUUCAUGGAGUAAAUAGCCUCUAAGAACGAAUUAAAGAAGCGCGAAAAUUUGCAACAAAGAGGAGAAAGGAGGCAAAAAGAGAUACAGUUGCUGCUGCUACUCAAGAGAGUUAUAUCUAAUUCUUGAGUCUCACUCGAUGAAAUUGGAUAAUUAUACUGGCGAGCUCAGCAUGUUGUUGAAUUGUUGCCAAAACGUGAGUUAUCAAAGCAGCUGGUUCGAGUGUGGUAAUACCUUAUGUUGCACGUUGACUCGUUCGGGCGGGAUGGG